AUGAAUAGUACGAGUUGUGGGACAUAUGACAGGGAUAGGGCGUACCCCGCAGGCGACGCGCAGGGGCAGCACCCGGCUCCUGUGGGAAGUGGGCAAGGGUUGUCGCACCUUACGGAGCGGGUGCGACGUAAGAGGCGAGCCCGGAGAGAGAAGAAUGUCAGAGUGAGGUUUGCAAGCUGGAAUAUAGGUACGAUGACUGGAAGAGGAAGAGAGUUAGCAGAUGUUUUGAAACGACGAAGAGUGAAUGUUGCCUGUUUGCAGGAAACAAAAUGGAAGGGCAAUAAAGCAAGAGAGAUUGGGGAGGGAUACAAGUUUUAUUAUUGUGGAAGUGAUGGGAAGCGAAAUGGAGUAGGAGUUGUGUUAGAUAGUGGAAUGAAAGAACGAGUGACAGAUGUGAAAAGAGUAAAUGACAGUAUGAUAGUUGUUAAAUUAAUGAUUGAAAACAAAGUAGUGAAUGUUGAAGAACAAAUACCUGAGGAAUGGUGCAGUAGUAUACUGGUUCCCAUUUUUAAAAACAAAGGAGACGUUCAAAACUGCAGCAGUUACCGAGGAAUAAAGCUCAUGUCACAUACGAUGAAAGUCUGGGAAAGAAUAAUAGAGAGAAGAAUGAGAGAAGAGUGUGAGAUAACACAAAACCAGUUCGGAUUCAUGCCCGGUCGAGGUACGACAGAUGCCAUUUUCGCAUUACGCCAAUUGUGCGAAAAGUACAAGCGCGUGCAUAAAGAUCUGCACAUGGUUUUUGUCGACCUCGAAAAGGCGUACGAUAGGGUUCCCCGUGAGGUCUUGUGGUGGGCGUUAAAGAUGAAAGGUAUGCCUGGGAAGUAUGUGAGGUUGGUCCGUGCUAUGUACAGAACAUCCCGUACAUGUGUGCGAUCUGCCGCGGGAACUACGGGCAGUAUCGAUGUGGCGGUAGGGCUGCACCAAGGGUCGGCACUGAGCCCUUACCUCUUCCUACUGAUUAUGGACGCUUUGACGUCGGACCUGCAGGAUGAGGCACCCUGGUGCAUGCUCUUUGCCGAUGACAUCGUGCUUGUCGGGGAAGAAGGCAUCGAGGUACAGAGCAGACUGACGGGGUGGCAACGGAGGCUGGAAAGUGUUGGCUUGAAGAUCAGCAGAUCCAAAACCGAAUAUCUGUGCUGUGAUUUCGGCGGUCUUUCCAGUCCUGUACCCAUGUCGUUGGAUGGCGCUAUACUGCCUAUCUGCUCAGAUGUCAAGUACCUCGGUUCCCUCAUUCAAGGCGACGGCGGAAUAGAUAGAGCUAAAUUCCUAGUUGUCAUUUCCGCGGCCUUCGCCCUGGUCAGCGCUGAUGUUUCCCAGAUCGUUAGAAACGAUGAAUCUCAAGCCCCAAUUCUCAAAUCUGACUACGAAAUCAACCCUGAAGGAUCUUUCCAAUACGCCUACGAAACCGGCAAUGGCAUCUCCGCCCAGGCUCAGGGUACCGUGUUGAACCCCAACACUGACGCUGCUUCUCUUGAGAUACAGGGUGCCGCCCGUUACACCUCGCCUGAAGGAGAACCUGUUGAACUGACUUACGUUGCCAACGAGAAAGGUUACCAACCCUCGGGCAGCCACAUCCCCCAGCCCCAGCCAAUCCCUGAGCUCAUCCUCCGCAGCUUGGAGUACAUCGCAGCCCACCCCCCACCACCAGCACCAGCAGAAUACGUCAGGAAGCCCCUCAACUAA